AUGCCGAACCUAUCACCGGCGACGACGGCCAACUGUGGGUUUACCUUCAACGAAGCCACCACGCUAUGGUGCUGCUGCUGCUCUGUUUCUGCCUUCUCUGUCUUAAUGCUUCCUGUCACUGUUCUUCACCUGUGCUGCCUCUUCUUGUCGUUCUUCUUCUUCCAUGGAGGGGAAAGCACGACCUUCACAUUCGUGAACAUGUGCGGGGAGAUGGUGUGGCCGGGAAUCCUCUCCAACGCCGGCAGCCCAGCGCUGAAGCUCACCGGCUUCGAACUCUCAAUCGGCGCUUCUCGAGCGGUCCAGGCUCCCAGCGGCUGGUCCGGUCGCUUCUGGGCCCGAACUGGUUGCUCUACUACCGGCGGUGAUAGAGGCUGGAGCUGCGCCACCGGUGACUGCGGUUCGGGCCAAGUGGAGUGCAACGGGGCGGGACCCGCCCUGCCGGCCACGCUAGCGGAGUUCACCCUCUCCUCCUCGACGGCGGGGCAGGAGCAGGACUUUUACGACGUCAGUCUGGUGGACGGCUACAACUCCCCGUUGCUGGUGGAGGCCAGUCGGUCAGGGUGCGCCACGGCGGGGUGCGCGGUGGACUUGAGCCAGCGUUGCCCGGCUGAGCUGCGACCGGUGGGACAAUCGAGGGCAUGCCGGAGCGCCUGCGACGCGUUCCGGAAGCCGGAAUACUGCUGCAGCGGGCCGUUCGCCAGCCCAGCCACCUGCCGACCCACCGCCUACUCGGAGGUGUUCAAGGCGGCGUGCCCUAAGUCGUACAGCUACGCAUUCGACGACCCGACCAGCACUUUUACCUGCGCCGGCGGCGCUGAUUACACCAUCACCUUCUGCCCUGACUCUGUGUCAACCUCGAAUUCAUCAAGUGAUGUUUCCUCGUCAUCUAAUUCCUCAUCAACGAGCUCGACGUCAAGUAGCAGUUCGACGUCGGUACCAAGACCGGCUGGUGGCGUGAUGCUGGCGGACGAAGCAUGGCUAGCGAGCUUGGCCACCGGCGACGCGAGCUCAUCGAGGAGGAGGCCGAGGCUCCCAUUAAUCUCGUGCUACUCAUUAAUUGUCGUCACUAUGGCAUGCUUUGGCGAGGUAGUAAUAUCUCAUCUUUGAGAGAAGGGAAGGGCCCAUGAUCAAAUUAAGUUCAUGUAAAGGAUGAUUUCGUAGUGGGAAAGAAAAGGCAAAUGUAAGUACUACUGGUUCGAUCAAGUGUAUGAUUUUACGCAUUUAAUUA